AUGCGUUUAAGUAGAGUUUUUACGCUUCUGUACUGGAAAUAUUGGAAGCGUACAUAUAAGUAUCAUGUGAUCCUAUGUAUCAAAAUGGCGGCCCCCAAUGUAGGCAUGAACUCGCUUCCGGAUAACAUCAUACUAGAAAUAUUGGCUUAUCUUCCUGUCAAAUAUCGCUGCAUCUCCGGCAGAGUGUGUAGAAGAUGGCGCCGUAUUGUUCAAGACAACUCCCUGUGGCGCCAUGUUGAUCUGCUGCCGUAUGUUCUCAGCCUCAACAAGCUGUGGAAGGUGAUGCGGGCUCACUUCUCCGAAUGUCUCCUGACAAUGAAGCUGGGGGGCUUCUGUGACCCAAAAUCCACCAAAUGGAAGAAGCAUUCCUUAUCUGAUGCAAUGCUACUGGAUCUGCAAGAGAGAUGUCCUAAAAUGGUGUCCUUGACCUUGGUGAAAUGCAACACAGACAAUCUAAACUGCAAAAACCUGCCACGCUCCUUGAAACAUCUGACAAUGAACCAGUGUUCAUGGACACCACGCUGGCUAAACACAUCAACUGACCUUGACCUUACAGAACUUGACCUCACAAAAUGUUCUCGCGUUGACAGGUUUGAUCUAAUUGACAUCGCAGAGAAGUUCCCCAAUUUGAAACAUCUUGUCCUGAAUCAUUGCUACCGUGCAACGGAUCCAGGUUUUGAGAAGAUUGUUACCACGCUCACAGACCUUACCCAUCUGGAGCUGUCUGAUACAGCUUGCUCAGAUCUCACCAUCCACCACAUGUGCCGCAAUCUACCUCAUCUGGAGCAUCUAAACCUGUCAAAAUGUGGGCAGAUGAGCCAGUCGAGUCUCGGGACGAUAGCCGGGGCUCUGAAGGAGCUGCAGAGUCUGAAUCUCUCCUAUUGCAGUCAGAUCAAUCUGGAGGGCCUGACCCAGCUGGCUGCAGCUCCUACUCUUCGUAACCUCAUCCUUGAAGGUUGCAACCUUACUGAAGCAGACAUAAAAUCACUUAGAGAACGUCUAGGAGAAAAAGUAGACCUUGUUAUACCCUCUGUCAAUUCUAGUUAAUGAAUGAGUGAGUGAGUGAGUAUGGUUUUACACAGCCUUGGCUUAUCAUCCCCGCAUGGUACAUCUUCUGGUGUCCCCUUGCCAUGGUAUGUCUGGAAUAUUGCUAAAGUGCUCACCCAACUUAAGCAAGCUCUUGUGAAUUUAAUGUAGUUGAACAAAGUUCCGCUUUUAGUGCAGUUUUGUAGUACCAGGAGCAAACACAAGGUCACAUUGAUGCAGCAGUGUGUUUAUAUUAGUCAAAGUGGUUGUCAGACACAGCAGUGGAUGGAGAACUGGGACAUUGACUCAUUGUCAUCUAAAAUGUCGAAAAGAUUAUUUUUUUCAAAUUUGGGAUUCAUAUGUUCUGUGGUCUUAAUAACAUUCACUCACUCAUUCUAAAUUGUCACAUAAAGGAUACUGUUGUUAACAAUCUUUUUCAAGGCAGAGCAGGGUAGUGUGGUUUAUCUUGAUCACCCCUGGUUUACAAUGGCCUUUACUGGUUUACACUGGUUCACACUGGCCUUUGCUGGUUUACACUGACCUACACUGGUUUUCACUGGUUCACUUUGGUUUAAACCUUUCACUCACUCUCAGUCAUUCAGUCAUGUGAAGCAUGCAGGUCUACACUGGUCCAUACUGGUCUACACUGGUCUACACUAGUCUACACUAGUCUACACUGGUCUAUACUGGUCAUAUUGAUAGAUAUAAUAGCUCCUCCUGGCUCCAAUACAGUCCAUGUUUGUUAUUGAGAUUCAGUGGCAAUGUAAGGGACGGGGCCUAGGGUAUCCAUUUAUCUGGAAUUCUACUUAACCUCAGGAUAUUGCAACCAUUUCCUCAUAUGAUCACAUCCCACCAGCCAAAACAAGGAACAAGGAAAACAAAGACUGCACACCUGUGACCCACCCAUAUGAUUAGAUGUUCAGGGUAAGCAGUCUGCAGAACCAGACAUUUUGUGUUCAUGUGAAGAAAGAAAAAAAGAUAUUUCAAGAAGCUUACCAAUUACUGGGAGUGAUGCGAGUUGUAGAAAUGCCAUAUAUCUUUUCACUGUAUGGACCAUAGAAGUAGAUUGUGUGUUAGAAAUUAUUAAUAAUACAUGUAGUCUUGCUGAACCCUUUUAAAUGAAUGAAAUAAUUUUGUAAAUUAAGAAAGAGUGCCUAUAUUCAAUGUAUUCUCUGUGAUAUCUAUUGAAUUCUAUGUUAAUGUUAUUACUUUUAUUAUUGUUUCUAUUAUUAUACUCAUUAUGUAAUGAAAUAUGGCAUAGGUGUCAACCUGAUUUUUCAGGUAUCUAUUCGGAUUUAUGUCCUUGUUUAAAGCCAGUGAAAAUGUUGAAUGUGAUCACAAUCAGGGGACUGUUCUACUAAGGGGUCCUAGUGCUAUGACUGUCAGAAGUCUGUAUUAAAAUUAUUGCACUUCUGCUGAUUUCAUGGUGCUAUCCCAUCAAGAUACCAUACAACAGUAUAUCAUGGAUACCCCAGCAUACUGACUCUGGGCCAAACAGUUAUUGUUUUAUUCACUUAAUGCCGAGCACCAGGAAGGGCAACAAGAAUUACCAUUUUUUUACCUCUUUAGGUAUGACGCUACCAGGGCAUUGAAUCACCAACCUUCCGCUCUCAGAAGUACAAGUGGCUCAUUCACCACACAUCUACUCAUCAACCAAUCAUCAUUGUCGUACACAGUCCUGUUUGUUUGUUUGUUUGUUUGCUUAGAAUUUUACUUCUUCUUGUGUAGAAAUGGAGAGAAUAUGACAGUUUGUUUGGUCGUCGUUUAUACAUAUGAUAAUAAAAGGCAGCUUCUAUGUAAUGUAGUGACCAAAAUAUUAAAAUGAAAUUUACCGACACAAUAAUUAUAUAUGAUAAUGUUUUUGUUUUGAAAUAAAAUUCCUUAAAUUA